CUUGCUUUUGCGCAUAGCUGAACUCGUUUGUUUCGAGUAUGUAUCUCGUAAGAUGGCGCUUCAUAUCUAAACGUCACGACAACUGUCAAUUCUCAGUUAUCUACAAACCACAAAUGUCAAAUCAACGAAAGUAAACAAUAGAGGAUAUAAAGAUAAUUCUUCUUAAUGUGAUUUUGAUAUAUAUAUAAUUAUUAUAAUUAUAUUGAAGAAAAAUGUCAGACGAAGAAGAUACUGCAAUACUAUUGAAUAGUGCGAAUAAAACUAUUGAAAAAUCUAUAAACAAGGUUCCGAAUGAUUAUCAAUGUUUACCUCCUAAAAAUUUAAGGAAACCACUUCCAAAAGAGAAUGAUAAUUUAACACCAUUAACAUCUGGAAAUAAAAAUAUUUUUGUUUCCAUGGUGGCAAUUUUAGCAGGAAUUGCUUUUGGAAGUGAUAUGAGCAUUGCAAAACCUAUAGCUCCUUUAAUCAAACAUGAAUUUAAUUUGAACUGUUUUGAAAAAGAUUUUGUUAUAAGUAUUUGGUUUGUCGGAGCUCUUGUUGGUGGUUUAACUGGUGGUUUUUUGAUCGAUUCAUUCGGUCGACGUUGGACCAUGAUAUUGACGUUAGUUUUUCUAACUUUUGGCGCUUUGUUAUCAGCUUUGGCAAAUCAUUAUAUUUUAUUACUUGUCGCUCGGAUGAUUUGCGGAUAUUCUGGAUCUGUAUCAGCCAUAGCUCAUUGUAUAUAUAUGGCAGAAGUGUCCGAGUUAAAUAAACGCGGAUAUAAUAUAAUAUUAUAUCAAUUGGGUGUAGCUACUGGAUUUUUGAUUUCCGUCAUUGCCGCUGCGAUCAAAAAUAUUGAUUAUCAAUGGCGAUUUUCAAUUGGUAUAACAGCCGUACCUGCUUUAACCGCUUGUAUAAUAACCAUUAUAUUUCUUCAACGAUCUCCACCGUUUUUACUUUAUAAAAGAAUGGCAAAUGUUUCGAAAACAUCGUCAAAGAAAGCUUGGUACACAAUUUUUGAGACCCUAACGAUUAUGGCUUUUUUACUGAUAUUUCAACAAGGUACUGGCAAACGGCAAGUUUUGUAUUACGCACCAAGAUUGUUUGCGUUAUUAGGUAUUUGUUCUAACGUUGCAGAAGUCACAGCCUUAAUAUCGCUGGCUAUCGUGAAGGUAUUUAGUACAAUGUUAUCUUUGAUCAUAGUAGAAAGAUGUGGUCGACGAACAGCUCUAAUUACAUCGGCAACUAUCUGCAUGACUACAAUAUCGUUAUUAUCUUUACUUGCUACGAUAGAUAGGGGUGACGACAAUUUAGAUGUUAUAAAUAAUCAUUGUAAGAAUCAUCGUAAUGAGGAAGUUAAAAUUCAUACCAUUUUACCUACUGGAUCACCACCGCCGUUCCCCUUACUACCGACUCCGUUAGCUAUUGUACCACCUAGUCCAGAAACAUGGACGCAAAUUAAAGCAUCUUGCGAAAUACAAAAUAUUGCUGUUUCGGAUGGUUUAACCGAUAGUUUGCGUAUCCUAGCAGUAAUAACGUUACUCGUGUAUGAAGCAGCAUAUGCUUUAGGACUUGGACCAGUACCACUUUUAAAUCUCACGGAAGUUUUCCCUGCAGCAGUACGAGGGAAAUGUAUCAGUUUCGUUUCCAUUGUAAUAUGGAUAACCCAUAUUAUUGCUACAGAAUCUGUCAGUGCUAUGACCAAAUCGUUGACAUUAGCUGGCUCCUAUUUAUUUUAUAGUUUCAUGUGUCUCGUUACAAUAUUUUACGUCUUUCUUUUCAUUCCCGAAACAAAAGGUAAAUCUUUACAUCAAAUUGCUCAAGAAUUAAGGAAAAUUUCUCUUGGGAUGCGUAUAUGUAAUAAUUUGCGCAGUUUACCGCUCAUUUGUCACAUUCAGUGGAUAAAACGAUAUAAUGAAAAUACAAAUAACGGGCAAAGUACUUUAAUUUGAAAAUGAAAUUUCAAUUAUCAAAAUAUUGGAUUAUCCCAAAAGUUCUUGUAGUUUUUUUUAUUAUUGAGAGUAUUUAAAAUAAUUUCUAAAUCAUUUUUGAACCAUUAAAAAUUAUUUUAUAACUGGUUUAGGUUAUUGAGUUUGUUUCGAAAUUAUUAAAAAAAAAAAAAAAUUUUUUCAAAAUAAACAGUUUGAAAAAUUCCAGGAUAAUCCAAUAAACAUAUAUAAUCCUUAUAUGUCGACGAAAGUAUUCUAAAUAUUAUCUUUAUCUCAUUUUGAAUGAAUUAUUAUAAAAAAACUUAUCUUAAAAACACUUCUAUAUGAUAUUGUGUUCAAUAAGUAUUGUAUGUCAAUAAUACAUACACGUGUACUUCCAAAAAUAUUAUCGUAACUGCCGAUUGUUAUAGAACAUAUCACACAUAAUGUAAUAGAAAUGUCAAAAUAUGUAAAUCAUUUUUGAUGCCAAAGACUGACUAGGUUUUUAAUUUCAUCUUUUCAUCUUCUUUCAAUUUAU